CAAUGAGUCUGGUCUCUAUAACUCAACUCACUCAAAUAAGUAUAAAAAAUCCCAAUCAUGUCAUCAUUACCUCCAUUAGCCUCCUUUCUCAUCACUCUCCUGUUGGCUGCAGCAGUCUGCAUCCACGGAGAAGAAUCGGUAAGGGACACCAAUGGGAACGAAGUUCGAAUCGGUGAACAAUACUUCAUCCAACCGAUCAAUACCGGGAGUAACGGAGGUGGUCUUGUCCCAAUUGAUCAGACAUUUCCCAUUUGUCAACCACUUGGCAUCACCGAAGCACUUGGGGGCGAACCGGGCGUGCCGGUUAACAUAGCAUAUAGAUCGGGGUUCCUCACGCCAUUAAAAGUUAUCAAAACAAAUUUGAAUAUAACCAUCGAGUUCGAGUACAACCUCUGCAAUGAGCUCUCCAAGUUCUGGGAAGUCGAGGAAUUUGGGGAUCCUACUAAGCCUGCAAUUCGCAUCGGUGGUAGUCCUAAGGAACCAAGGAGCUGGUUCAAGAUAGAGAAAGUGAAAGACGAUGGAACAUACAAAUUGACCACCCCUGCCGGAACUGUUGGAGCCAUCCCAAUAUUGGGAAGUACACCACGACUAGUUCUUACCAAUGAUGUGUCUAAGAUCAUCUCCGUCAAAUUCAUCAAAGUUAAUGAUGCUACUACCGAUGUUACUUCCCGUGUUGAGAAGUUAGGUCUAAGGAUGAUCCCAUUCUACUAAUCAAGACCAUAUGUAAAAGCCUAAGAUUUGGUCCCAUGACCAAAAAUAAGGGGUUGAGAUAAUACCCAUCAGAAUAAAAUUUUACCUUAAAUAAAAUAAAAACUAUGUUUUCAAACAA